UCGGAAAUUGUUAUCGUUCGCCUUUUUGUGAAACAUAUCGCAAACAUAUUUAAAAACAUUCCUUUACCGUAUCAGUUUAAAUACCAAAAGUUAAGUAAACUGUAGUCAAUUGCUUUAAGCAUUGCUUGCUACCUACAGAACAGGAAAGUGAAAAGGGCCAUCGAGCUUCCCAGCGGACGGAAACUUCCUGUAAAAGGUGUCCAGCGAGAGAGCAAUGGCAAUGAAGCAGCAGGAUGAAAAUGACGAAAAAAUUAACGUUCGCGACCGGCUUACGGAUAAUGUGUUGGAUCUGAGUCUUAUGAACAUUUCCAAAGUUCCCGUGCAGGAGAUUAAAACGCUCCGACGCGCCACUAUUUUGGAUCUUUCCAACAAUCGUAUCUCCAUCAUUGAGAGCAAUUUUACCGACCUCACGCAACUGACCCAGAUAGACCUCUCGAAGAAUCGCAUUACGACGAUUUGCGAUGAUUUUGGUCUGCUCACUAACCUACGCCGGUUGGAUUUGUACAAGAACCAGCUCACGCGGCUACCGCUAACGUUCGGACGCCUCAAGAAUUUGAAGUAUCUCGACCUGAAGGAGAACCCGCUCAAUCCCGCGUUCAAGAAGAUCAUCGGCACAUGCAGCGAUACGAACGAUUGUCUGGUGGCAGCGACCCGUGCGGUCGAUUUUAUGAAGCAAGUCGAAAGGCGCGUACUAGACGAUCGCACCAAGGAGCGCAAGGUGCGGGCAGAACAGCAACGCUUGCAGCAGGAGCAAGAGCGCCAGAAGCGCGAGAGAGAGGAAGAAGCUGCCGAAGAAGAAGAAAAACCUGUUGACGAGCAAAAGUCAGACAAAGCGAAGCGCAAAAGAAAGACGACUGCUGCUGCUGGGGGCCGAGGCGAAGUCAUAAACUGCGAUGAUCCCAAAGCGAAGGGGAGCAAUAGCAAGGCGAAAGCAAAAACCAAACCGGGAGCAAUAAAACAUACAGCUUCGUCAGGAUGUUGGCAUUCUUCUAUGCUGUGGAUGCUGAUGUUGUUGCUUUUGGUCGCAACGUAUCUGCUCUACACGAGGUACAACGAUGUGCUGCACAUGGCCCGCGAAGGCACCGUACGCGAAGCGCGUGAAACUAUCCUCGAAGAGUACAUCAAAUAACUGCACCCGCGCCUCACGAUGAUGAUGUUACAUCAAUAUUGUGCAUAUAUAAACUAUAAUAAUAAAACGUUAAGCGAUUAAGAAGUGA